AUGGCCUUCAGCCAGGUAGUGGUCUCGGAAGACCAGGUGAGGAUGGUGGCAACGGUUACCAACUUUAACGACUUCUCCAUGAUCUCGACCGCGCUGCGGGGCAAUCAUGGCAACGCUGAAACGGUCGUCAACGAGAUUCUCGAUGACUGUGAGAAGUUCAAACGCAAGUACGGCUGGGACGAGAUCGCGUUUUCCUCCGGCCGCGAAGGCGAGGAUCCUUCGACCACUAGACCAAACUACGAAGCCUUUGGGAUCAACACGCAACCCCCCGUCAUCUACGGAACCGAGCCGAAUAACUACUAUGGCGCGCCCUCGCGGCCCCCAUCGAGAGCGAAUAAUAGAUCGCCUAUGAGUCGUAUCGCCGAUAUCGCUACCGGAGAGUACACCACGGCUACCCCGAGCAACCGCCAGGAAGAGGAGGACCAACUUCAACGAGCCAUCAAUGAAUCCUUAACGGUCUCGGGCAUUCAAACUCCACACGCAUUCCCACCGCCCCCUCCUCCGACGCAGCAGCAGUCAGGCGUCAUUACCAACCACGGGGAGUCCUCGGUGCAUUUCGGUCCUGCCAAUCGCCCGGACUACGAUCCAGACGAAUGGGCCAUGGUGCCCGUGAAGGGGCAGGAGAACGACCCAGAUCCGACCCUUCGAGUUCGGAAGGAUAAGAUGCCGGUCUUACUGCGAUGCCGUAAGGAUCGAGACUGGGACCAGCAUCGUGUCGGGGCCCUCUUGAUGAUAUUCAGUCAAAUUCCUGCAGUUCGCAACGUAUUACUCGAGAGUAGUGUGGUUCCCAGCUACGGCUACGGCAAUAAGAGCGACUGGUGGCAAGGUGGAUCGAUAUACGCACCCGGCCGACCGAAUCCCGACGGAUGGAUGGACGACCCUGCCAUAUCUUGGUCCAACGAACUCCAUCGCCUGAUAGCCUUCCUUGAGCUAACAGAACGCGCAUACGGGACAGCCGACAACCUUAUCCGCGCCAGGCACCCGGACGCACAGGAGACUGGCGAUGCAGAGAAGGACUUCUUCCAGAACUUUGCCGAAUUCGAGGCGGGCGAGGGUAACCGCGGGAAGAGGGAAACACUCAUCUCCUCGGUAGAGAUUGUCGCUCUCGACGAUUUCACCCACCAGGGUGGGGAUCGCUUCGGCCUCCUCGACCUCCAGGUACCCGAAACUUUCUACCUCGACCGGUACUUGAAAAGUAAUGGGGAAAAGCUCCAGGAGUUGCAGGUGGAGAUGGUUGCUUUGCUCAAGGCGUACGAGGCCAAUAUUGAGAAAGAAGAGGAGCUUAUAAAAUGGGUCAACCGCGAAACGAACAAGGCCUAUGACCGCAGAGUUCUCAUCAAAGAAGCGGUGAACCGAUAUCAGCAGAAGUUAACAAGAAUCAAGCGCCGCGCCUUUUGGAGGACGCAUGAGCAGACCCCAUUCGAGGGUGAGGGCGAGUACUACUUGCAGGAUCACGCAGGCGAACCGAGUCUGCUACCUGAAGAGUCUGAGGCGGUUACCUACUACGAGGCCAAGCUACGGGAGCUCGAGGAUAGGUUGGCGGAUAUCCAGAGUUUCAUCAACGGUAAUUGGGAACCAGACCCGAGAGCUAGUGCGCAAUCACUAAUGUCAACCGUUCCAGAGGUCAUCCUGCCGGAGAGGGAGGCAAUUCAUGAGGUUAAUCGUAAAAUGUCCUCGCUUCUGACAGUACCUUCCACCGAUGAGAAGUGGAACCCCACACACAAGUACACGCUUUGUGGCGUAGUCAAUGACCCAAAUACCGUUUACCAACGGAUGCAUGUCCCGGCCAGCGAAGCCGGGGCCGAGUCCGCUGACGAUGCUCCUGUGGUCGGAGAGAAGAGCUGGUGGAAGACGUCCCUCAAAAUGGCGGACAACACAGUCGAGCACACACAAGUGACCUACGAAACAGUUAUGCGCGAGACCUGUUCGGUUGGGUGCAAGCCUAUCCUCGUGUACGCGACAGACAAGGCCUUGGAGCAAGACAACCUACCGCUGCCGGACGCGCUCAAAAGUUUCGUUCGGCUUGACAACCGGUUCUUCAAGCAGGAGCUGCUACAAUCAAAUCGGCCUGGCCAUAAGCGGAGCGCUGGCGUUGGCGACGGCUCGCAGUCGAAGCGGCUACAGCGGUCGGCUAGUAUCGAUUCAAUGGACACUAAUCACGCGUCGGCGGGAGAUUUCGACGACGAUAUGCGCGACGCCCCGUUCGACGCCCCGUUCGACAAUGACUCGGUAUUCGAGGCUACCGCCGGCGGCGACGUAACUCCCAACAGGGUUGCCAGAACCACGCAAGAUACGGCCAUUCCAGACCUCGUCGAUACUACCAACGAGACCCCUGGGUUAACGGCAACGAUGACAUCACCACCCUCAUAUGAGAAUUACAUUGAGAUGGAAAUGGGCGUCUCACCGGCGCUCGAGCAGGUGUCGUUGCAGGACCCUAAUAACACUAGCCCGCUUAAGGCGUUGGAGAUGCAGGAACGGCCGAACGCGCAGUUACUCACACGGCUGGGCAGCAAUGGCAAUAACAGUGGCGGUGCUACUACUGCUAAUGGCAGCGCGGGCAGUGGCCCGGCACAAGCUACGACGAGAGACGAAGAGGAGCCGUUGAUUGACCUGAGUGAUCCCCAAGAUACCGGCCCCGAGGCGCAGGUGAAGAGUAUUUAG